AUUUGACCAUGUCUCAGUCAGUAAACAAACCACCACCUUCAGGACGACCUGAAGCACAAGCUUUCACGGCCAUCAAGUUUCAUGUUCAGCAGUCAAAUGGAAACUUUCUGAUUCAAGAGGCUGAUUGUCUGGUUACAUCAUUAAUUCGUGGCCUUAAAGAGGAUUUAUCAAGACAGCUAGGACCUCCUGACAGUCAGAACUGGUUCUAUCAAGGCAGACUGAUGUCAGACAACGAAAAACUCCGGGAUUAUGGGAUUAAUGGCGAAGAUGAGGCUGACAUAGAAGUAAAGCCAUUCUAA